CAGUUUAAAGGGAAUUUAGGUGCAAUAAAAGAUACAAAUUUGAUUGAUAUUAUUUGAUAGUUAAUUUUUGAUAAUUGUUUCUUUGAAAGCGUGUGACCAAUGAGAGCAACAAUAGAAAAAGAAAACAUUUUAUCCUUCCUUCCUUCCUUUUCUCUUUCUCUUCUGGGUUUAAAGUCCAUUUCAAGGCCAGCGGAGCUUCUGGACCACAAAGCUGCAGAGGAGAGACACGUCUCGCCUCCGGUUGUCAGGGAAACGCCGACAUGCCACGUUGCACUGAUAGACGUUAAAGGAAAAAAAACAACAAAAAAAACAAAACGAAAACACACCAAAACAACAACAACAACAACAACAACAGCAGCAGCAGCGUGUUAAUUCUGUGACAGGCUUUAGUCGCGUCUUCUGUUCCUCUCAGCUACCGAGAGAAUCGCAGCGGAGGAAUUUAUGAUGCGAAAUGAAUGAAAUGUGGUUUAAUCAGCAAAUAACAGGAACUGAUCGGAAAUGAACGUGAUCUGUUGCAUUUUGUUAAGUGUCACAUGUUCCAGACAGACAACCGGAACCGAAGAUGUUCAGGUUGGUCCCCAGAACCAGACAGAGGGAAACAAAAAGCCGUGGAAAAAGUGUCUCCCGAUACGACAGAGACAGAGGAGACGUUCUGCUGUAAAAGCAAAAAAACAACAAAAAAACCCGUAAACAACCAGUUGGAUUCAGAGUCUGCCGGCUGCUGGGGGGAAGGAUCCGCGGCGGCGCUCCUCUGUGCACCCAGGAUGCAGCAGCGCCGCGUUUCUGUUCGCGUCGGCCGCUCCAGCAUGAAGAACCCGCUGGAUCAAGUUCCUCUCUCUCCCCCAAACGUCACGUUUCAGAGACGUCGAAGCCGCAACGGCCCUUUCAGGCGAAACCUUAGACGACACAGUGGACGCUCAGAGGUCGCCGCCGUCUUCCGCUUCAUCUCCUCCUCCAAAGCCAUUGAAUUUCCCCCCCAGCAAGCGGACCGGCAGCUUCAGUGGGAUCUGCGCUUCCCAAAUCUCCAGCAAACCUCGCCUUAUCCGCCGAGGGAUUACACAGCUCAGCUCCCAGGGCAGCCGCGAGAGCAGAGGUGUAGUGCACUUCCAGAGGAGUGGAAGUGGGAGUGGAAGUGA